GGUGCCACCAGCCGCCAGCACGCGCGGGACCCGGCAGCGCUCCCGCGAUGCCUCUGCAGGUCAGCGAUUACAGGUGGCAGCAGACGAGGACCGCCGUGUUCCUCUCCCUGCCCCUGCGAGGGGUCUGCGUCAGGGACGCCGACGUGUUCUGCGCGGAGAACUACCUGAAGGUCAACUUUUCUCCGUUUUUAUUUGAAGUAUUUUUCUAUGCCCCCAUAGACGAUGCAAGCAGCAAAGCGAAGAUUGGGAAUGAUAAUAUUGUUUUCACCUUGUAUAAAAAGGAAGCAGCCAUGUGGGAGACCCUUUCUGUGUCAGUUGACAAAGAGAUGAUGCAAGCAAUAAGAGAAAAGUCUAUUUUACAAGCACAAGAGAGAGCACAACAAGCUAUGGAAGCAAAGGCUGCAGCAAAGCGGGAAGAUCAAAAAUACGCACUCACUGUCAUGAUGAAGAUUGAAGAAGAAGAGAGGAAAAAAAUAGAAAAUAUAAAGGAAGAGGAACGGAUAAAAGCAACUAAAGAAUUGGAAAUCUGGAAAAAACAUCAAAGAAAACCUGAAGAACAAAAAAUCAUUCAGAGAGAAGAGAAAUUAAGUCACCAAGAAAAGCAAACUGAAGAAAGGAAAAAAUUAAAACAUAAAAGUCUUACUAGGAAUUCAGCAUCUAGAACUCUUGCCAUGAAAGUAAGAAAUUCAGAAAAUAUGUUUUUUGAGAAGUUAAAGGAAGACAGUAUCCCUGCUCCUCGCUCUGUUGGCAAUAUUAAAAUCAACUUUACUCCUCGAGUAUUCCCAACUGCUCUCCGUGAAUCACAAGUUGCCGAAGAAGAGGAGUGGCUACACAAACAAGCCGAGGCUCUAAGGGCAGUGAAUACUGAUAUUCCUGAACUUUGCGACUUAAAAGAAGAGGAAAAGAAUCCCGAAUGGUUGAAAGACAAAGGAAACAAAUUGUUUGCAACAGAAAACUAUUUGGCUGCCAUUAAUGCAUACAACUUGGCCAUAAAACUGAAUAACAAGAUUCCACUAUUGUACCUGAAUCGUGCUGCUUGCCACCUAAAACUAAAAAACUUACACAAGGCCAUUGAGGAUUCUUCUAAGGCACUGGAAUUAUUAACACCACCUGUGGCAGACAAUGCUAAUGCAAGAAUGAAGGCACAUGUACGGCGUGGAACAGCUUUCUGUCAACUGGAAUUAUAUGUAGAAGGUCUACAGGAUUAUGAAGCAGCGCUCAAGAUUGAUCCGGCCAACAAAAUUAUACAAAAUGAUGCUGAGAAGAUUCGGAAUGUAAUUCAAGGAACGGAACUAGACUCUUAAUGACUGUAGAAGCAACUAGGUAUUGUACAAUUGUUGGUCUAAGUUUUUCAAAAACAACCAAAGGCGUUGGGGAUCUUGUACAUCUUAUGGCCAUUUGUGCGGACUCACUUUCCAUAGAGAGCAAAAUGUCAUAAGUCUAGAAAAUGAAAUGUUUGACUUGAAUCUUUCUGAAUAAGCCAAUCAAAGUAAGCAGAAUCUAUUUUAAUUCUUUACUUCUGCAUACUAGUACGUUAUGUAGUUGCGUAUACACACACACACACACACACACACACACGUAUAUAUUUGAAUGAAUUAUAUUUGCCCUUGUAAGAAAAUAUCUGUUGGUAUGGUUGCCAGGAUACUCACUAAUUUUUUAACGAGGUAGAAUUUUAAAAUAAAG